AUGGAUUCUGAUUUUGUCAGAGUUGGAUUGUUCUCUGAACCUUUAAAAGGAAUUGAUGAAGGGAUUGUGAAAUAUCGAUCGAUAAAUAAACCGCAUCCCUCAGAGGAAGCUGCUUUUUGUUUGGCUCGUCUUACUAUGGUUGCAACAGAAAAUUUUAAACAACUUUCUGAUGCUAAUAAAACAGAAUACUUUAAAGCUCUAUUGCAAGAGGUUUCUAAAAAAUUACCAGUCCGAAGUGAACUUUUAUCUACAGAUAAUAACUAUCAAUAUAUUUCUAUUAAUUCUAAAGAAAAUGCUCAAUUUGCUAUUCGCGUAGGUAAAACAAAUCCAAAAAUAGAUAAUCACACUACUGUUCCGGGAAUAAUAUCAGAUUUAAAUAAUAUGAUCAGAUAUAAGCGUAUUACUACUUUCUCCAGUGGUUUAACAAAUGAUUUAGAUGAAACUUAUGGCUUUAGACCGAAAGGUGAUCUGAUAGGCGAUUAUAAAGACAAAAUUAUUCCUUUUUUCGCUGCUGGUGGAGUGAACCUUAUGCUUUAUAUUUUUUCUCAAUUUUCGUCUAAAUCUGAAGAUUUUAAACAAACACUCAAUAUAGUCUCUGGUGGAGUAUUUACUGCCACUCAUACAAGUUUUUCAAGUAUAUUUGCUUUUUCUGAUGCUAAAGGUUACCCGUUUUUAAGCUUACCAAGUGGACUUAUAUUAGUGAUUUCAUUAUUAUUGAAUGUCGUUAUGUUUACUUAUAUUUUGUGUAGAGGAGGAAUCAAACAACUUAACUUUAUGAAUUUUUUGACUAUUCUUUUAUCAUUAUAUAAUGGUGAAACUUUACUGCUUCUAAACGACGUCAAAUUACACGAAAUAUUUAAUGAGCAAUUUGAUCUUCUGGUUAAAUAUAGGGCUUUUGCUGAUAUUUUUAUUAAGAAUAUUCCACAGCUAGUUAUUCAG